UCCCCCAGGCCCCCACAGGCCGUGUGUGUGUGUGUGUGUGUGUGUGUGUUUCCGAGCGAGGCAGAGCUAUGGCUGUCUGCUCAGAACUUUUACAUGGAGAACCUCUGGAAAUAUCCGAGUUUAUGGAGAACCUCGAAGAUCUUCGCCAUGUCUCAGCGCUAACAGUGCUAGCAGUGUAAGCUAGCGUUAGCAGUAGCUUAGCUUACCCGAUCGAUCUGACACGCAGGCGCUGUAGCGCGUCUAUAAACAAGGAUCCAUUAAACAUGAUGAAGAAAAAGAAGUUCAAGUUUAAUGUGGAUUUCGAGCUGGACGAGCUGUCGUCGGUGCCGUUCGUUAACGGGGUCUUGUUCUGUAAGGUUCGGCUGCUGGACGGCGGCUUCUCGGAGGAGUCCUCCCGAGAAGUGGUCCAGGCGAACUGCGUACGCUGGAGAACAAGGUUCUCAUUUCCAUGCAAAAUGAGCGCCAGUGCUGGAACAGGAGUCCUUGAUCCUUGCAUCUGUCGUGUUUCUGUCAGAAAGGAAACGAAAGGUGGGAAGACUUUUGCAAAGCUGGGCUUUGCUGAUCUGAACCUGGCUGAGUUUGCCGGGUCUGGGAGCACCACACGCCGCUGUCUACUGGAGGGCUAUGACACCAAGAACACCAGGCAGGACAAUUCCAUUCUCAAGGUAAUCAUCUGUACUCAUCUCAUGUCUGGAGACCCCUGUUUCAAAACACCUCCAUCCACUGCCACAAUGAUUGGGAUCCAGGGGGAUGGAGAGAGUCUGCUGGAAGAACGAAGGGGUGGAGACUCACAGAAACCUUUCCUGGGUUUCUCAGAAAAUGUAGGCAAGUGUGGCUCCCUUCCGGAUGACCUGGGGCUGUGUGGUCAUUCCCGAACCUCCAGCUAUGCUAGUCAGCAGUCUAAAGUGUCAGGCUAUAGCACAGGUCACUCUCGCUCCUCCAGCCUGUCUGAGUUCACCCAUAAGAGGAACACAUCAGUUGGUAGCACAUCCACAGGCAUUGCAAGCAUUCCUGAGCCCAGUGAGGAAAGUCUGAGCUCCACAGUACACGCUGCUUCUGCCCAUGGAGCCUCCAGCACCCAGUCAGCAAUCCCUGGCACACCAGACCGGACCAGCAGGCACCCGAUGAAGCAGGACUCGAUGGAGUCUCAGCUGAAGCGUGUGGAUGCCACCAGGGUUGAUGCUGAUUAUGUUGUGGAGAAAAUCCUGCAGAGCCAAGACUUCACUCCUAGCAUGUUUGACUCUAGUGCUGAAGAGGAGGGUCUUCGAUUAUUUGUGGGUCCUGGAGGAAGCACAGCACUUGGCAGCCAUCAUCUACCUGCCAGUAAUUUCAGGCCUAAGCUAUUGAGUGAUUGCAGUCACAAGUCAUCAGAGAACAUCUGUCUGCAUCACCCGAGGCCAGGACCGUCUUCAUGCUCAAGUAGAACCAUCCCCAGUUACCACAUGCAUACCAUACGGGCCUCCAUGCAACAAGAUCACCAACCAGAAGCGGGGCACCAGAAUGAGUCAGACAUGUCCGGAGGGCAGACAAGGACAGGAUCACUGGCAGUUCAGAAGUGCUAUGUGUAGCUCAACAGAGAGAGAGAGACAGAGAAAAGAACAAGAAAUGACAGUUGGGUAUGGUCGCACUCACAUAAUGUAUAAGGUGAAUGUAUCUUUAGUGCAUAGUGCAAGCAGGGACUCCGGCAGGACUAACCAUGACGGCAUACUGUAACUAAAAGGGAGAGCCCGAAGGAAACACGGAUAUGAGGGCUCCCUGAGAUGUAAAGCAACCAAUCACUCCACCAUCAACAAACCUAAGAGUUUUGAGUCUCCCAGAUCUGCUCCUUUACACAAGGCAAAUGUAUUCACAAAAUGCUUGGCUAAAUAAAAAGGUUUAGCCUAGACUUAAAAACUGAGACUGAGUUCUGAAGAUUAAUUGGACGACUGUUCCAUACCUUUGGGGCUUUGUAAAAAAAAAAAGCUCUGCCUCCUGCUGUAGUUUUCAUAAUACAUUGUAAUGACAAGCAGCCUGCAUCUUUUGAUUGAAGUAGGCGUGGCGUAUCAUAAGACACUAGCAGACGAUUUAGGAAACCAUUGAUGCAAGACCAUUUAGGACUUUAUAGGCCAAUGCAGUGUGGAUCCAAUCUAGAGGUUAAAAAGGCAUGAUUUUUUUUUCUGCAUCAUGUAAUGACAAUAUAUUUCUUAUCCAUAUUUAUGAAAUGAAAGAAUGCUAUCAUGGUAAUUUAUCUACAUGAGCUUCAAAUGAGAGAUUGAAAUCUAUAAUCACACAAAGAUCUUUUAUUGAUGUACAUGAUGAAACAGAAAGGUUGUCACAGGCAAGGAGUGUCCAGUACUCGCUAGUAGGGCUGCAACUAACGAGUAUUUUAAUAAUCGAUUAAUCUGUCGAGUAUUAUUAAUAAUUUAUUUUUCGAAGAAUCGUUUUGUUUUUUUUUAAAUAGAAAAGCAUUUAUUUUCAACCCUGUAUUCAAAUACAGAACUAAUACAUUAACAAUAAUAAAAUAAAAAUGGACACAAAAAACAUACACAUGUAUGCUUUACAUCUGCCAAAUAUAUACAGUGAAACCUCGGAUUACGAGCAUAAUUCGUUCUGGAAGUGGACUCGUAUUCCAAAACACAAAAUUAAAUUUACCCAUAAAAAAUAAUGGAAACUCAAAUUAUUUGUUUCAGAGCCCAAAAAAAUAAAUACAUAAAAAUAAUUAAUACAAAAUAUAAACUAAAAAUAAAACACAUUAACCUGCACUUUACCUUUAAAUCUAGACAGAUAAGUGUUUUCCUUUUGUGCGUGCAGGCGUUGUGUGUGUGAAUCCAAAAUAAGCUCCCGUCUCCCCCUUCUUGUCGUACGCAAUUACUCUUCCUCCACUCUUUUCACAUGCGCGCAAAAUGAAAUCGCUGUUUUAUCAGAAAAAUAAACAAGAAAUCUCUCUAAUGACACUCGAUUGAGCGACACACUAAUGGAAUCACUGCUGUAAAGUAAAAAUAAAACAAAUUAACCUGCACUUUAGAGCAAUUUUUCUGUGUAGAGCAGAGAGCAAGAGUGUGUGUCUGUGAAGGCGCAAGUAGGAGAGGUCUGUGUGUGGCACGGUGUCCAAU